AUGACUGAGUACAGGGAGCUGACAUUGAAUGCACCAGAGGGUAUCACUUCUGGCCCAAUCUCUGAGGACAAUUUCUUUGAGUGGGAAGCACUGAUCGAAGGCCCCAAGGAUACACCAUAUGAAGGAGGCAUUUUCCCUGCGACAUUGACCUUCCCAAAGGACUAUCCACUUUCACCUCCUACAAUGAAAUUCACUUGUGAAAUGUUUCAUCCCAACAUUUAUCAGGAUGGAACUGUCUGCAUUUCUAUUUUACACGCUCCAGGUGAUGAUCCUAAUAUGUACGAGUCCAGCUCAGAAAGAUGGAGCCCUGUUCAGAGUGUUGAAAAAAUCCUCUUGUCAGUUUUGAGCAUGUUGGCUGAACCCAACGACGAGAGUGGUGCAAACAUCGAAGCAUGCAAAGUGUGGCGUUCAAAUAGGGAACAGUUUGAUGAGAUCGUCAGAGAUACUGUUCGUAAAACAUUGGGACUUUAG